AUGGCGACGGAAGGUUUUCAGUACCUUGCCCUCUACGCAUUUAUCAAGGACCAGGAAGAGGACCUGGAUCUGCAGGCUGGAGACCUUCUGACAGUCAGCAAGGCCUCCCUGCUAUCCAUGGAGAACUACCAGGAGGGCUGCGUGGAGCAGCCCGAGCGCCUCGGUUGGCUCCUCGGGUACAACGAGCGCACUAAGCAGAGAGGCGACUUCCCGGGGACGUACGUCAAGUACGUGGGCCCCGUGAAGAUGGCGCUCCCAUCGAGUCAACCCAGGUCCCAGCGACCCCUCCCUAUUGCUCCAAGACAAGAGUCGUCUCAAGCUGUUUCUGUGCUGGACCUGAGCGAGCAGUUCACACCGCCAGAGACGGCUCCCCCGACCCUCGCCAGCCUGAUCCAAGCCAUAGAGAAGAGAGGUCUGGACUGCAAGAUAUUGUACAGGACAGAUGCUUCCUCCGGUUCAGACAGCCCAGUGUACAGCAUGAGCUCUGAGAGUGAGACGUGUCAGAAUGAUGUGGGCUACCUGUCCGAGUGUGUGCUGAGCUACCUGAGAGACCUGCCGUCACCCGUCAUCCCCGCCUGUUUCUACGCUCACCUUCAAUCUGCUGUAAAACUGCAGCAGCAGGUCCUACAGCAGUCAGCCGAUGGUGCAGUCGCUGGAAGCCAUGACAGGGAGGUAAGCCUGGUCCUCGAGAGCUCCCCUUCCGUCCCUCUCCAUCACCGUCUCACACUGCAGCACCUCCUCACACACCUGGCCAAGGUCACUCAGGCGCAGGCCAGUAAUGGCCUGGACACACACACGCUGGGAAAGAUCUUUGGACCACUGCUGAUACAAACCGGCCCCUCCACCCCGUGGUUGUCUGUGGAUGAGGAGUUCCCUGCCCUUGUGGUGGAAAGGCUUCUGAUAGAGAGAAUGAUGGAGCAGGACCUCGCUCCUCCGGUUCUUCCAGCAAAGCCAGUCAAGUCACAAAUGGCACCAUCAGCCAUGACGGACACAAGCAGCCUGCUGAACGAUGCUGAGUGGUACUGGGGAGAGAUCUCAAGAGAGGAGGUGAACGAGAAGCUGCGAGACACUCCAGAUGGCACCUUCCUGGUCCGAGAUGCCUCCAGUAAACUGGAGGGCGAGUACACGCUCACCCUCAGGAAAGGGGGGAACAACAAGCUUAUAAAGAUCUACCACCGAGACGGAAGGUAUGGCUUCUCUGAGCCUCUUACCUUCCUGUCUGUAGUGGAGCUCAUCAAUCACUAUCGCCACGAGUCCCUGGCCCAAUACAACGCCAAACUGGACACCAAGCUUCUGUUCCCCGUCUCCAAAUACCAACAGUUGGUGAAGGAGAACAGCAUAGAAGAGGUGGGAGAGCAGCUGAAGGUCUAUCAUGAGCAGUACCAGGAGAAGAGCCGCGAGUACGACUCACUGUACGAGGAAUACACACGCACCUCACAGGAGCUGCAGAUGAAGCGCACAGCCAUCGAGGCCUUCAAUGAGACCAUCAAGAUCUUUGAGGAGCAGUGUGAGACUCAGGAGCGCUACAGCAGAGAGUCUUUGGAGCGAUUCCAACGCGAGGGCAACGAAAAGGAGAUUCAAAAGAUCCAGAGCAACUCUGAGCGUCUGACGUCUCGUGUGAAGGAGAUCCAUGACAGCAAGCGUAAGCUGGAGCAGGACCUGAGACAGCAGGUCUCUGAUAACCGAGAGAUCGACAAAAAGAUGAACAGCCUCAAGCCGGAUCUCAUGCAGCUCCGCAAAAUCAGAGACCAGUACUUGAUAUGGCUGACUCAGAAGGGGACACGGCAGAAGAAGAUCAAUGAAUGGCUGGGCAUAAAGAAUGAUGCAGAUGACUCCUUCUCACUGGAGGACGAUGAGGGUUCACCCCACCAUGAUGAGUGUACCUGGUAUGUGGGCGACAUCAAACGCACCCAGGCUGAGGAGAUGCUGAGAGGCAAAUGUGACGGGACCUUCCUCAUCCGUGAGAGCCAAUCACAGAAGGGCUCCUACGCCUGUUCUGUCGUUGUGGAGGGUGACGCCAAGCACUGUGUCAUCUACAAGACUGCCACGGGCUACGGAUUCGCUGAGCCCUACAAUCUGUACUCGUCCCUCAAAGACCUGGUGCUCCACUACAAAAACGUCUCCUUGGUCCAACACAACGACCAUCUGAAUGUAAAUCUAGCCUACCCAGUCCUGGCCCGCUCUCAGAACCAGAACCAGCACCCCAGAUGAAUCAUCCACCAGCAGUGUCGGGACGCCAACCAGGGUGGGGGAACUCAAUUUUCACUCGUCACAUUGGGGAAAAAAACGAUCCUCAAAACAAAGCUUGUUCUUGUUUAAGUGGCGAAGAGAAAUAGACUCAACAGCAACUAUUUAAAAUUCAUGUGUUCUUGGCUUGAUGCUGGUGCUAAUUUCCCACACCAACUCCAGUCCAGCAAAGAGCUCUCCUUGCUAACAGCAUGGCUUCAAAAUAAGCACACCACCACCACCAGUAUGGGAGAACUGUACAGUUAGUCUGGCCGACGCAGUGAGUUUUAACUCGAGGAGAGUGUCGCAUUAGCCAGCCGUGACUGUACAGUGUCAGUUAUGAAACAUCAAGUGUGAGAAAUUCAAAUGAAAUUACCUUUAAUUCAGAAAAAAAAAAAAAGACGGACUAAAUGUGUUCACAGAAGUCAAAAUAAGCACACAAAAUGUUGUUUUCAAGAUCGUGGAGAAGAGGAGAGAAACCAGAUGGUGGGAUGAAUUUACAAGAGGCACUUUUGUUUGUUUUUUUGCCUUGAACACUAACUGCUAACUGUCCACAGACAAAGGCCCAAUCUGUCAUCCCCAGACUGCCUGCAAACUCUCCGUAGACAAAAGCCUGAGCUGUCACCCACUGAAAAGGACUGGCUCGGCUAAAGCAGGCUGCUCCCUUCACACCUAGAGGCGGCUGAAAACCCCGACGACCAGGGGUGUAGUCACUGGAGCCGAGGGAGGGGGGGGGUGUGUGUGUGUGUGUGUGGGGAGGGGAGUAUUUUAAUGGGUUUUAAAAAGAUUGAUGAUUCAAUUUAAAGCUUGCUGAAGUGCCAUAGUAAUAGCUUUGAAUGACCACAAGCCUGUGUCACUGGAACAAGGGGGCACGUCGAGGUUGAAAGAAGGAAGGAGGAAAUAAACGGCCGUCGAAAUAGACAAAGAUACAGCUUUAAAAAUACAAUACACACACAGAGGUAUAUUUUUUAUGAAAUAAUCUUUAUUUCCAACUGCUUUGGCUUGUUGCUCUCUCUCUCUCUCUUUGGGCCUCUUUUGUAAUUGACGAGGUACGACGUACAGUAAAAACUGUAUGACGAGAGAAAUGCAUGGUACAUAUUUGGUAUAUUGUGAAUAUAGACUUUUACUCACAAUACACUAGAUGGAGGGGUACAUUAUUAGAUGCAGUUCCCCAUGAUUCAGGUGGAAAGACAUUAAGCAUCAAACGUCUCUUUGUUUCAAACAUCUGCCUUCUUUUUUCAUCCUCUUUGAUACUGUAGCACCUGUAGCCAUUGACUUAAGGCUUAACUGUUAGUGCUCCUCUCAUGUGUCUUGUUUCUAUAUGCUAAAGACACUUGUGGAGCAUCAGUCUGUGUGAUUAUUGUAUCUUCGGUACUGUAUUUGCCUUCACUCUUGUUAGAUUUGACUGUUUUAGCGGUACUAUGUCCUUGCAGAUGUUUAUUGUUCUUUUUAAUGCAGAUUUACUCGCGGUACAUCCUUCCCCCCCCGCGCUUUACUGUUCAUUUCAUCACAAGUUUGACUCACAGAGCUGUAGAACAUUUGUGUACAAAAACAAAGCAGUAAUAUAACUUAUGUACAGUAUAUUUCAGACACACAUGCGGUCGGUGUGUAUGGCUUUACACCGUUUCAUCGCUGUGUUUCUUUACGUUUUCACAACAUUUGCGAUGCUCUUAGGUUCUGUUUUAGGAUGCACAGUAUCCAGCUAAUGUGAGCCAAAUGAAGGAUAUCUUUUCAUGUAGCAAGAAAGGAAAAAAGAAAAAAAAAAGAACCAGUCAUCUUGCCAUUUAGUUUGGCCUCCGUGGUCUGAGAGAUUAUCUAGUACAGUACGCAUGGAGUCCUUCAUUUGGGUGGCUGUUUUUCUUUCUUCACUUGGCACCAGUGGUUGGUAAUUGUACUUUUUGUAGUGCAAAUACAGUAUGAUGUGUGGUAGUACUAUGCACAACAGAGUCGUAUGUGGAGAAACAAGUUUUAGAUUGACUGAGAUGAGUUCCCUCCCUCUGCUCUGUGGCGGUGAGUUUCAGUUCCCCUCAUGUUCAUUCGGCGUGAGGUAAAGAUUGUACCGUCGUUGUUCUUCGUCACUUUCACAGCAUAGCUCGUUUAGAGGCAGUCGUCGUCGUCGUGUGGUUGAUGGCGUCACAUGAGGCCUCUGUUGACUUUGAUUCACACGGUUGAUUUCUUGAGAAUGAAUGAAUACGAAUAAUCUCUCAAAUUUCUUACAUGUAGUAGACUCGGAUUGCCAAAAAGGUAUUUUUGUAGAAAGACAUAGAAGAGGCAAACAUUGUUGGCAAUAGACGGUUUUAGAAAGAAACGGUGCACUGUUUUAAAGGUUGCACAUUUUGUAUUUGUGUUUUAUUCUUUCUUUUUUAAGGAGGGAUAGAAAUUGUAGUGAGAUAUUCACCUACUCUUCUGGUCAUGAAAGUAAAUGAUGCACGUUUCAUCUGAAGACCUAAGCUUCCAACAAACACGAUGCGUCUGGGCAUAGCAUCAUUUCUGUUUUUGAAAUGAUGAUUCACAAAUUUCAGGUAGCAACAUUUUUUCCAAACAGACCAACCACACUUUCAAAUGAAACCUAACUAGGCCUGAAAAGUUUGAAACCGAGACGUCAUUUUGAUUUCAGUCAGGACGAAUCAAGUGUACUGUACUUUGCACAGUUCUUGGAAAGUAGAAACUCCCAAGAAAUAAA